AUGGCAUUCAAAUUCGCCGUCUUCGCCGCCAUCGUGGCCGUCGCCAACGCCGUUGCCAUCGGCUACCCAGCCCCGUUGGGAGCUUACCACGCUCCACUGGGAGCUUACCCAGCUGUGGCCAAGGUCGCUGCCCCGGUUGUUGCUAAGGUUGCCGAUGACUACGACCCCAACCCUCAGUACAGCUACAGCUACCACAUUGCCGAUGCUCUGACCGGUGACAACAAGGAACAGCAGGAAUCCCGCUCGGGAGAUGUUGUGACUGGAUCGUACUCGCUGGUCGAACCCGAUGGCACCCGUCGUGUCGUUGAGUACACUGCCGACCCCGUCAACGGAUUCAACGCCGUCGUCCACCGUGAGCCUCUGGCCGUCAAGGCUGUGGCCCCGGUCGCCAAGUUCGCUGCCCCGCUAGCUUACCCCGCCGUCGCUAAGGUUGCUGCCCCGUACGCCCCGUACGCUUACCCAGCUGUUGCCAAGGUUGCCGCUCCUCUUGCCUACCCGGCCGUCGCUAAGAUCGCCGCUCCGUUGACCGAUUACGACGCUAACCCUCAUUACAGCUACAGCUAUGCCGUGGCGGAUGCCGUGACCGGAGACAACAAGAGCCAGCAGGAAUCUCGUACGGGAGAUGUUGUGACUGGAUCGUACUCGCUGGUUGAACCCGAUGGCACCCGUCGUGUCGUUGAGUACAAUGCUGACCCCGUCAACGGAUUCAACGCCGUCGUCCACCGUGAGCCUCUGGCCGUCAAGGCUGUGGCCCCAAUUGCCAAGAUCGCUGCCCCGUACGCUCCCUAUGGAGGAUAUCCAGCCUACGGAAAGGCCAUCCUUGCGUAUCACGCUCCUCUGGGAGCUUACCCAGCUGUGGCCAAGGUUGCCGCUCCUCUUGCCUACCCGGCCGUUGCCAAGGUCGCCGCUCCGCUCGCCGAAUACGACCCCAACCCUCAGUACAGCUACAGCUAUGCCGUUGCCGAUGCCGUGACCGGUGAUAACAAGAACCAGCAGGAAUCCCGCUCGGGAGAUGUUGUGACUGGCUCGUACUCGCUGGUUGAACCCGAUGGCACCCGUCGUGUCGUUGAGUACACUGCUGACCCCGUCAACGGAUUCAACGCCGUCGUCCACCGUGAGCCUCUGGCCGUCAAGGCUGUGGCCCCGGUCGCCAAGUUCGCUGCCCCGCUGGCUUACCCCGCCGUCGCUAAGGUUGCUGCCCCGUACGCCCCGUACGGUGGAUAUCCAGCCUACGGAAAGGCCAUCCUUGGUUAA